UACAACAAUUAAAAUCUUACUUAAUAUUAUCCGAUCCAUCAUAUCAUAUCACCUUCUAUAAAAGAAAAAACAAACAUUAUUAAAACAGAAAUAAAAUUAGUAUUCUAUUAUUACAUUCUCUUCUUGUCUUAAACCCUCCAACAACACAAAACAAAGAAAAAAAAUGUCUAUCCAAAACCCAACUCCUACUACAGUUAUUUCUAUGCAACUUCAAGAAAUAGAGAGUGAGAGCAGACACUGUAGCCAACUUUUCAAGUCUUAUCCUUCACCCACUGCUCAAUUUGAACAUCUUCUUCAAAGUUCAGAUCUUUUCUGGGACAAGCUUAAAGCUUUUCAUCAAUCUUUUGGCACCAAAUUUAUGGUUCCUACUGUGGGAGGAAAAGCUCUUGAUCUUCACCAUCUUUUUGUGGAGGUAACAUCUCGAGGCGGCCUCGAGAAGGUGAUUAGAGAUCGCAAAUGGAAGGAUGUGAUAGCAGCCUUUAAUUUCCCGUCAACAAUUACUAGUGCAUCUUUUGUUUUAAGGAAGUACUACCUAUCAAUACUUUACCACUUCGAGCAGGUCUAUCAGUUCCACAAACAGGUCCCUUCAGUCUCAGUGUCAGAUGUUGUGAAUGAGAAUCUUGAGAAUGGAUCUGCAGAUCUAGAUGAAGGUGGCACGCCAAACCAACUUCACGGUAAGGGAAGUCCAGAAUUGGAUCUUGGCUCUUCUGUGAAUGGAAUCAUUGAUGGAAAAUUCGAUAAUGGCUAUUUGGUUACUGUAACCUUGGGCUCUGAACAUCUCAAAGGCGUCCUCUAUCAUAUUCCUAACUCGUUCAACGUGUCUCAGAAUUCUCAUACUGUAGAUUUACCCCAUCACCGGCACCGUAAAAGAUCCCGGUUAUUGUUACGUGAUCCCUCUCGGCCCAAGUCACAUAGGAGUGGCUACAAUUUCUUCUUUGCUGAGCAUUAUGCCCGGCUAAAGCCUUUACACCAUGGGCAAGAGAGACUCAUUAGCAAGAAGAUUGGUGUCCUAUGGAACAGCCUAACAGAGGCAGAAAAGCAAGUUUAUCAGGAGAAAGGUUUGAAGGACAUGGAGAGGUACAGGACGGAAAUGCUGGAGUACCGAUCUUCAUAUGCUCAAUAGAGUCUGAGUACCAAUCAUCAAUGUUCUCUUAGUGUAGGAUCGUAGUUGCUGCUGCUGGUUGUAGUUCUAGUUUAACUAUUCUUUUUUGGAACAGUAGCUAUAGUCUAACUUGUUCAUUAUUAUUAGCGUCUUCUUUUUAUGACAUUAUGUCUGUAGUUGUUAACAAGCAGGAGAUGAAAUGCUGUCACAUACAUAUGCUGAAUUUUGCUCUUCUAAUCAGAUUGAAUAGAGAAGCUUCAGAUUUUGAUUUAA